GGCCAUGUUGGAUCUAGUUUAGAAUUCCUACCCACUCUUGUCCCUUCUUACACAACUCGUACUAUAAAACAAAGUUGAGUUUGUGUCCUUUAAGACCUUCAUCUACACUUCAUUUUCUCUCUCUAGCCCCCCUUCUCUCUCCCUUACAACUCACUCACUAUGGAGUACGAAAGAAUACACAAACCUCAGACUGGUCUGAUUUCUCCAAGUAAACUGAGGAUGAAACUCAUGGGACAUCAGAGGAAAAAAGAUGGUUCAAAUAGUAACUCUUCAAGAACAUCUCCUUCAAAGCUUGAGGAUUCUGAGUUUGUGAACAAUAGCUUGUUAGCCUCCAGUGUUGAUUUUGAUGAGCCAGUUUCCAGUGUGGGAAGUGCAUCAGUGAACCACUCUAGCAGUUUGGUGUCAAACAAUACUCAAGGUGAUCAGAGUGCUCUCCAUCCCAAGGAAUUCACAUCAGGAGACCCUGGGAAUUCUAUCCGAGUUAAAAUGCAGCAAUUUUCAAAGGCUGAUAGUGCUAAUUCGAGUUCAGUUCACCCAAUGAGAACAUUAGAGGAUGAUCUUGAUUAUGAUAGUAAUGCUAGUUCUUCCAGCUUUGAAUUUCCUGAAGGUGAUAGAAUAGUUAACAAUCCCAUUGGACGAUCGCUAUUGAGACCUAUGUCUUCUAAAUGGAAUGAUGCAGAGAAGUGGAUAAUGAAUAAGCAGAAUGGACCAGUUAAUCAUACUAAGAAGAACACUGUGCAAAGCCAAGUGACUCGUGUGCCAGUAAUGAAUGGAAUAAGAGUUGUUCCAGAAUCUGCAAAUUACAAUCACAAGUCAUUAGUCAAGCGAGUUAAUUUAUUUCAAUCUGCACAGCAGGUCAGUUUGGAUAACUUCUUUACUUCAAAUGGAUCUCAGCCUGUAUCUGGUCAAGAAAAUGGGACAAGUGUUCCACUUGAUCUGUGUCAUCAAAGUAAAGAUUUAAAAGAAGUGGACAGUGAGAAUUCCUCUUGUGUAACUACUUCGUUUGAAGAAUCAAAAGGUCCAAAUAUACGAUCAGUUUCAAUGAGAGAUAUGGGAACAGAAAUGACACCUAUUCCAAGCCAAGAGCCUUCCAGGACAGCUACUCCUGUUGGAGCUACAACCCCCCUCCGUAGUCCAAUUUCGUCACUCCCAUCUACUCCUCGAGGAGGGCCAACAUCCACUUCUGAAGAGUACCUAAAUAAUGAUUGUGAAUUGAGAUCUUCAGCAGGAAAUGGAGCAAAAGCAUUGUCUGCACAAGAAUUGAAGCUGAAGACCAGGAAAGAGAUUGUUGCACUUGGCGUCCAACUUGGCAAAAUGAAUAUUGCUGCCUGGGCAAGCAAAGAUGAGAAGGACAAGAAUGCUUCAGAAGCUGAAAACACUAAAUCAGAGGAACUACGGAAGAUUGAAUAUGAGAAGCGCGCCGCAGCGUGGGAGGAAGCUGUAAAAGCUAAGCAGACUGCAAGAUUUAAACGUGAAGACAUUAAAAUUCAAGCUUGGGAAAGUCAGCAGAAAGCAAAGCUUGAUGCCGAGAUGAGGCGAAUAGAGGCGAAAGUGGAACAAAUGAAAGCACAUGCCCAAGCAAAGAUGGUGAAAAAAGUUGCAAUGGCAAAACAAAGAUCAGAAGAAAAAAGAGAUGCAGCUGAAGCCAAGAAAACUAGCCAGUCCGAAAAACUUUCUGCUCAGGCAGAACACAUUCGCCAAACAGGCCGAGUUCCAUCAUCGCCUUAUCUGUGCUACGGAUGGUCAUGAAAAUGUAAACGGUGGAAGUAGUACAGAUGUGGAAAUUGUUAUAGUAUGAGCAUGCAGUCUAGUGCAAGCUAGCCUUAUUUUAUAGAGCUGACUGCUGAGGGUAUUGCUUCUUGCUAUUCUCAGUCCUUGUAGUACUAUGUGAACACAGAUUGAAAUUUGUUGAAAUCAUUAUGAAUAUCGUAAAAAAGCGGUGUAAACAGUUAUCUAUAUAGAAAUUUAUAGUAAAGCUAAAACUUAUUAAUAUGGAAA